AUGGAUGAUGAAGACACCGGUUGUUCAACAGGUUGUGCCACAGAGAUGUUGCCAGUAGCAGAUGUUGCCGCGCCCGGUGCGGUGGGGUUGGCGACUUCACAUUCGCUCCAGUGGAAGCCCAACGUGGAUGAUUCAAUUUUGCCCGUAGUUGGACGCAAGUUUAGAACACUAGAAGAAGGUAUCGAAUUCUACAUGAACUACGCUCGAAUAAGUGGCUUUGACGUUCGCCAGGGGACAUUGAAGCGAGACAGAGAUGGGGUCAUAUUCAUGCGCUAUUUACUGUGUAGCCGGCAAGGGAUCAGAGGUGGUGGGAGGAUUAACCGGCUUCCAGACCGUGAUGUUGGUAGAGGAAAGAACAGGGAGCGCCGUCGAAGGAUUUCUAACAGAGUCAAUUGCAAGGCCAAGAUCUACUUGAGGAAGAAACGUUCUGGGGAUUUCAUCGUGACUGUUUUUGUAGAAGAACAUAGCCACAAACUGUGCUCUGAACCUUCUAAAAUGUUUAUGCGGAUUAACCGGCAGUUGAAUGUAUCCCAACAAGCAUUCCUAGCAAACUGUGUUAAGACCAAUAUCGGGGCAUCGACAGGCUUGCGGUUUUGCAAGGAGGUGGCAGGUUCCUACGGGAACGUGGGUGCAACCGACGUAGAGUUCCACAAUUUUAAACGUGACCUCCAAACUUACGUCGAAGUCGGUGAUGGCGAGAUGAUCAUUGAGAAGUUCAAAGCGAAGCAUGAAGUGUGUAGUGACUUCUAUUUUGAUUACCAGCUCGACGAAGACGAUCGACUAGCACGACUUUUUUGGGCUGACCCCAGCGGCAGGCGCGCAUUUUCUUGCUACGGUGAUACUAUUUCGUUCGACGCAACUUACGGCACAAACAGGUAUAGUAUGGUGUUCGUGCCAUUCACCGGGGUUAACAACCACAAACGAUGCAUCACUUUCGGGGCCGGUUUGCUCACUAAGGAGGAUGUGGACUCAUACAGUUGGCUAUUGGAGAGAUUUAAAUGCGCAAUGGGAAAGACCCCAUUGUGUGUUGUGACCGACCAAGACCCUGCUUUGAGAGUUGCUAUCGAAGAAGUUUUACCAGGGAGCCGUCAUCGCUUCUGCAUGUGGCACAUCAUGACCAAGGUCCCGGAAAAAAUCGGGAAUGAGUUAGCUAAAGACGAGAAGUUUCGCAACAAAUUAAAUGCUAUCGUAUGGAAUGAGAGAAUCACUAGUGCUGAAUUUGAGGUACAAUGA